AUGGGUAAUUGUUGGGCGAUAUUUCGUCGUCGUAGAAUACGUCGUCACAUAGUUUUAAUAUUAAUUGGAUUGGAUAACGCGGGUAAAACGAAAACAGUGAAUAAUUUAGCUGGUGAAAAGGACGAUAAAGUUUUGCCUACAGUUGGAUUUAAAGCUGUAAAUUUAAUACACAAAGAUACUCCAGUAACCAUCUACGAUUUAGGCGGCGGUCCUCAAUUUCGUCAAAUAUGGAGUCAAUAUUACAGCGAAGUGCAUGGUAUAAUAUUUGUUAUCGACUCGAGCGAUUUUUCACGGUUGGACGAAUGUAAGGCAGUGCUCGAAGAGGUCUUAUCACAUGAUAGAAUAUCAGGUAAACCGGUGUUAGUGCUUGCGAAUAAACAGGACAAAGAUGGCGCUCUAGAUGACAUCGACGUUGUGGAAAAACUGAAUAUUGAGCCCCUGGUAAACAAGUACCGAUGUCCUACCUUAGUCGAAUCGUACACUGCUUAUCCGUCAGACGGUAAGUCGAAAAAGCCUAAAAUCGACCCCGGCUUACGCAAGGGCUACCACUGGCUCCUAAACUAUAUAGUGCGCAGAUACGGCGAUAUUAAUUUACGCGUACAAACCGACAUACACGCGGACUUAGAAAGACGCAAACGAUUGUUAAACAAGGCUGCAAAUAGAGCUUCUCAAACUUUCACAGCGAUAAGUGAUGACAUAGCCACUCAAACUGGCUUUGAGAACCCCAAUUUCGAUCCGAACACUGCCGAAGUAGAUCGCGAGACGAAUCUACAACGUGGUUUGAUCAUGGUGAAACCUAUAGGUGUUAAGUCGAACAGUGUAGAUACGACUAUAACUGUAGAGAGUUUGGAAGAUACUGACACCAGUGGAGUUAAGCCCAAGUUGUCGCCGCUGUUCGGUCGGGCCAGCAACAGCUCGACUGUCAGCGAGACUGUCAGGAUAGAACUGGAGCCGAGGAGUGAAUUUAGAAAGCUAUCGCCGAUCGUGAGGAGGAAGAGUACCGCAAGUCAACAGUUUGACUUCAAGAUGAGGCCUCAUUCCAGUCCAACGAAGAAAAUGAAGACUCUUCAAAACAAUGAUGUAUCAAAGAACUCAUCGAUACAAGAGGAUGAAGAUAAGAUGGAGAGUUUUGAUGACAAAUACGCAGGCGAUGUCACUAGAACUAUGGACCCGGCAUACGAUCUGAAGCAUCGAGUGUUCAUCAAGGAUGUCGAACUUUCGCAGUUGCAUCGAGAAGUUAUCUUAACCGAGAGAGAGCCUCAAACAAAAGCCGCAUCAUCAGACAUCGGUCCCCCGCUAGCGACUUUACCUCUUAGCGCCCGCCCGGCUUCAGCGUCACAGCUGGUGAGACGUCAGCUGGAGCUAUGUUCUCAUCACAAGAGGAGACUCAGUUUGCGUUACGUGCAUCGCAACAAAACAAGUCCGGAGCGUAUGUCGAUGAUGUUCUACGAGCCUAGCAAGGCCCAGAGGCAUCUCGACAAGGGGGACUUCCAACACGCGGCCACCAUUAACUGA